AUGACAUUGAUAGGCAAUCUAGCGGAGAUGAUGGCGGAUUGGGAAAGAGCGAUGAAUUCAUAUAAAUCGGCUCUACGACAUAAUCCUUACUCUAUACCAGCAUUAUCUCAUAUUGCCUCCUUAUGUAGAGGAAGAGAAAUGUUUGCAAAGGCUGUAGAAUACUUUAAACGUAUUCUAGCCAUACAGGAGAAAAACGGCGAAACAUGGAGCGCACUGGGACAUUGUUACUUGAUGAUGGAUAACUUGCAAGAAGCCUACCAAGCUUAUCAACAAGCUUUAUAUCAUUUACAAAAUCCCAAUGAUCCCAAAUUAUGGUACGGCAUCGGUAUUCUUUACGACCGUUAUGGUUCUAUUGAGCAUGCCGAAGAGGCAUUUUCAGCUGUCAUGAGAAUGGAUCCUCAAUUUGAAAAGGCCAAUGAAGUGUAUUUCAGACUAGGCAUUAUCUAUAAGCAGCAACAGAAGUAUGAUUUAUCAUUACAGUGCUUUCGUUAUAUUUUGCAUAAUCCUCCUAAACCUUUGACAGAAAUCGACAUCUGGUUUCAGACAGGACAUGUGUAUGAACAACAAAAGGAAUAUGAAUCAGCAAAAGAAGCGUAUGAACGUGUAUUAACCGAAAACGCAGAUCAUGCUAAAGUACUUCAGCAAUUGGGUUGGCUGUAUCAUCAGCAAAACACGUCCUUUUCAAACCAAUCCACAGCUAUUCAGUACUUGACAAGAUCCCUGAAAGCAGACAGUACAGAUGCACAAUCGUGGUAUCUUUUGGGAAGAUGUUAUAUGGUCGAGCAAAACUACAACAAAGCGUAUGAAGCCUAUCAACAAGCCGUUUACCGUGAUGCACGUAAUCCUACGUUUUGGUGUUCGAUUGGUGUAUUGUAUUAUCAAAUCAAUCAAUAUAGAGAUGCUUUGGAUGCUUAUAGUCGUGCUAUCCGACUGAAUCCUUACAUCAGCGAGGUAUGGUAUGACUUGGGAACAUUGUACGAAUCAUGCAACAACCAAGUGCAAGACGCCUUGGAUGCCUACCAAAGAGCGGCCGAGUUGGAUCCAUCCAAUCCUCAUAUUCGACAGAGGUUAGAAUUGUUACGAAAAUCGAGUGCCAAUCAGCAUGGUCAUGGAGCGUCCGCUGCUACUACGAAUGUGGCAACUACCCCCGUACCACAAGAUGUUCAUAAUCCAUAUCAGUAUCAAACCAAUAGCUCCCGUGGGCAGCCCCCUCAUCCAUCUCAGCCACCACCACCACCACCACCACCAGCAUCAGCAUCAGCGCCUGUACCACCACACCCUCCAACGAGUGGGGCUGCAGCCCAUCCAUCGGCUGCUGCAGCUCCUCCUCCUCCUCCUCUUCCUCCAUCGUCAUCCACACAGGGAAACUAUCUACAUCAACAACCUCCUCCGUCGUUGCCGCCUCAUUCCUCACAGCAACCACCGAUCACUCGUGAUUUACCUUUAUUACCACCCAAUCACCACCGUCCAAAGUCUCCCGUUUUAUCACCUUAUCAACACAACACAAACUCACCUCAUCCUUAUCGACAGUCCUCCCCUCGUCUGAAUCAGAGUCAUAGCAGUAGUAGUCACGGACCGAUGAGGGACGUUCGUAUACCGGAUAUAUUGAACAAUGGGAGCCCAUUCCAUCACAACAACAGAGCGCCAACACCUUCAGACCGUCCUGUAUUGAAUCCCAUGCGCCACUACGAUAACAGCAACAACAACAACAACAACAACAACAGUAGUAGUCAUCAUGCGAAUACGAACAGCAAUCGGUCUUCACCCAUGUUUCAACAUCCUUCACCUUUAACAGCUCCUCAGAACAACAAAAUGCCCUUCAUUGCUCGCUCCCCUGUGCCUACCAAAUCAUCACCAAGGACUCCGGCACGCGCCCCGCCAUUCACCGUAUCAGGAUCCACAGCCACAGCCACAGCAGCACCAGCACCAGCACCAGCACCAGCAUCCUUACCUCCUCCUCCUCCUUCUCAUCAUGGCCCUCCCUACCCUUAUUAUCAACAUCAGCCACCCUAUUCACCGCGUGCUCCUCCUCCUCCUCCACCACCGCCUUCGAAUUAUACCUAUGACACCACCUCUUCACCACGUACUACACCCACGAGCCAUCCAUCGACGGCCGCUCACCCCAAUGAACCGUUGAGAAGAACUUCUAUUUUAUUUGAUCCUCAUCACGAUGCCAUGACCCAACCCACUGCUUCCCCGAGAAUGAUCACCACCAGUAGGCCCACAUCCACACCCACGCCCACGCUAGCACCUGCACCCGCACCCGCACCCGCAACAUCAGCGCCAGGACCUACUCCUCCACCUCCGCCCUCCACCGCUUUCAAACGUGAACUCCCUUUGCCUUAUCAACCACAUCAAAGACAGGGUUCUACUACGUCUUCUACAUCUAUACCUUCCAUCAUCCAACCCACCCACCACCACCACCACCCUAACAAUAAAAGUAUGACAAGUCCUAUUGAAACCAGUGCAGCAGAUACUUUAAUGAGCAUGUCUCAACAAAAAUCAGGAGCCACUCCUUCUUUGUCAUCUACCUCGUCUUCCUCAAAGCGAUUAUUAUUAGAAAUGGCAGAUGAUGAUGACGAUCAGCAGCAGCAACAGCAGCAGCAGCAGCAACAAGAAAUGAUAAAAAAGCCACGCUUAUCCACCGCAUCCGACAAUAGUAAUAAUAGUGCUAAAAAUGGCAGCUUGGCUGUCUUGACCACUUGA